GGGAGAAAUUACCACGUCAACAUUGAGAGUUUUUACGGCGACUAUUUUACCCUUCGCGGCGCGUUCGUCCGAUUCGCCAGGAAUCUCUUGCGCUGGAAUGUUAUCACCAGAAAAUGUGGUGAGUGGAAUAAUGAGCUAAACACGGGCUAGCUGAGCAAGGAGGAGCGAGGAGGCCAUGGCCGUGGCUGCGCAGUGCCUGCGCUGCCCCAUUGUAGCUCGCCCCUCCAUCGCCCAACAGCGCAUCACAAAGGUAAAUAACCUAGGAGGUGGUGCUCGUGGCUUUGGCAUCGGUGGAGCACCAACAUCGAUAUCACGACGCUACCAUGGGCUUGGACGAGUUCUUGUCUUUGCUCGCGUCUCCAACAAGUCCGAGGUGCUACCGUCGGCGAGCGCCGAUGACCAAAGUCCUCCUCCGCUCGUGGGUGAAGACUCUGCGGUGUUUGAGCUCCAGAGCCAGAAGCUUUCGUCCUGGCUCUACUUUACAGCCAUUCUUGCCGCCGUCACCGUGGUGCUCUACUUCGCGUGGCUCGAUCCAACCACGGGCUAUGGAACCGCUUACGUCGACUGGCUCUCCACGCUCACCAACAAUUCUCCCGAGCUCGUGAUCACCGCUAUGCUCGCCAUUUUCGCUCUGGUCCACAGUGGCCUGGCCAGUUUUCGCGACCGAGGCGAGCAGCUCAUCGGCGAGAGGGCGUACCGAGUUGUUUUUGCUGGACUGUCGCUUCCGCUGGCAGUUUCUGCCGUGGUGUAUUUUAUCAACCAUAGAUACGAAGGUGCCCAGCUAUGGCACGUCCAAGACGUUCCUGGAGUUCAUCAGCUGGUGUGGCUUCUCUCGUUUACGUCAUUCUUCUUCCUCUAUCCGUCCACGUUUAAUCUGCUCGAAGUUGCUGCUGUCGACAAGCCCAAGCUUCAUAUGUGGGAGACUGGCAUCAUGAGAAUCACACGGCAUCCCCAGAUGGUUGGACAGUUCAUGUGGUGCUUUGCUCACACGCUAUGGAUUGGCAGCUCCUUCACGCUGACCACGUCCAUCGGGCUUCUCGCUCACCACCUUUUCGGAGUGUGGAACGGUGACAGACGACUUUCCCUUCGCUACGGCGACGCCUUCGAGACCGUGAAGCAGAGAACGAGUGUAGUGCCCUUCGUGGCUAUAGCUCAAGGCCGACAGAAGCUGCCACGGGAUUUCUACAAAGAAUUCCUGAGGCUACCUUACUUGAUCAUCACAGCACUGACUUUGGGGGCGUAUUUCUCGCACCCGUUGCUUCGCUUGGGGAGCUCCAGUUUGCACUGGUAGCUCCAGUCUUCUACGUACUCCAGGUCUUUCUAAAAAGUUUUUGUGCGGUCCCCCCGCACUCAAGGUA